AGGCAAGUCCGUCGUUAUAGUGCUCGAGUGUCGUCCUCUGCCACCUUUUUCCCAGCCGGAUUAAAUGAAAGAGGAUGAGCGGAGAAAUCAACCGCCCUAAGGACUUUAUCGACAGACGCAGCAAGAUCCCAGGGAGAGAGAUCCCGACCUACCUUCUUCCAUUUCGGCUCAUCCCAGGGUCAGAGAGUCGAUACCAAUUGGGUGACGAUGAUGGGAAUCAGUGUCUCACUGUUCUUCUACUCGGCUUCAGCGGAUCAGGGAAGUCGAUGUUGGUGGAGGUACUGGGGAAUUACAUACUCGGGGUGGAAUUCCAUGAUGUCGAUCGAUUCCAAGUGAGGAGGAAGGAUGGACCCACGGACACGAUCACCUCGUACACAUUUUUCACCAGAUACACCAGGAGGUUCCCUCGUCCCAUCACCGUCAUCGACACGCCGGGCUUCCAAAGAGGAACGCCCGGACCGGACCUGAAGUUGAUUGGAGACAUUCGUACUUUCGUCCAUCUCCAUCACAAGCAGCGCAUCGACGCUGUCAUCUAUGUCGUCCCAGGCUCUCAGGUGGCUUUUGCUUCAAUUAUUCAGAUCCGGUCUAUUACCCUCCUUCCCAAGGAAAAC